AUGGGGCCAGACAACUUGUUGCACCUAGCUGGCAGAAUCGUUGCUGUACAAGACGUCGGUUCCGAGAUCAAGUUUCCAAUCAUUCUAGAUGGACGACACCCAGUAGUGCGCUUAUUGGUCAAUUUCUACCAUCGCAAGGCUGGACAUGCAAACAAUGAAAUGGUGGUCAAUGAGGUUCGACAAAAAUAUUGGCUUCUUCAUCUGCGCAGUACUGUUCGAAGCGUCACCAGCAAAUGUUUGUUCUGUCGCAUCAAAAGAGCAAAGCCAAUGAAUCCGAUGACCGGUAACCUUCCUCCUCAGCGGCUUGCCCACCACCGCCGCCCAUUCACGUACACUGGCUUGGAUUAUUUCGGCCCGUUAAAUACCAAGAUCGGUCGAAGACAAGAGAAACGUUAUGUGGCCCUGUACACCUGCAUGACAUCCAGAGCCGUUCACCUGGAGCUUGUACAUUCCCUUUCUGCUGACUCCGCAAUAAUGAGCCUGCGACGGUUUAUUGCUAGAAGAGGUGCUCCCAAUACUGUAUAUUCUGACAACGGUACAUGUUUUGUUGGUGCAGACCGAAUUCUACGCGAAUUUUAUCAGCACGAGGUCUACGAUUUUGCUGCCAAUAGAGGAAUAAAGUGGAGCUUUAUCCCUGCCGCUGCUCCUUUUUUCGGCGGAUGCUGGGAGAGACUGAUUCGCACCAUCAAAAUCGCGCUGAACGCCACAUUACGUGAAAGAGAACCUAAUCCCGAAGUCCUAGUAACUCUCCUUCUAGAAGCUGAGGCAAUUGUAAAUUCUCGACCUCUGACCCAUGUCCCUGUUGGCACUGAAGACCAGGAAACCCUAACGCCCUUCCACUUUCUAAUUGGCUCAUCUUCUAACCAGGUUCUGCCUGCAACCCUUGACGACCGAGACCUUUUAAGACGUGCUGACUGGAGGAAGGCGUUGAGAUUGGCCGACCACUUUUGGAACCGAUGGGUAAAAGAAAUUCUGCCAACCAUGCAACCUCGCCAGAUAGCGGAGAACAGAGAGCACGACUUGACUGUUGGCGACUUAGUCAUCAUUGUAGACCAGAACCUACCCCGAGGAACCUGGCCACGCGGCCGCGUCGUUGCUACAUUCCCUGGCAGAGACGGAGUGGUCAGGGUGGUGGACGUAGCCACAUCAGGUGGAAUCCUUCGUCGACCUUCUAAAAAAUUGGUCAGAUUAGAGGCAUAA